AUGAACCUUGGACAGAUGAAGAACGAUUCUGUGAAUGGAUCGACGCAAGCAAUUCCUUCCCUUAAGCGCACAGCAAGUGGAGGUGCAGCUGGAAGUGUAGGUCAUGGUCAUACUGGAGGUCUGACUAGUCAUCUUGGUGUGGGCAUGAAUAAUAUGAAUUCCAUCCCAUCGGUAUUGCACGCGACACCUAAUACAAAUCCACCGCAGAUAUUACGUGCCGUGACAUCCUCGGGUGUUUAUAACCGUUCUUCGUCCAAUACAUCACUUCGUGGUGGUAGUAUUGGUCUCUCCACGGGCGGUGGUGGUUCUUCUCUAGCCAGUACUAACGUCACCUCUGCGACCGCUACACGCAACGUGUCCCAGUCACCGAUGAUGCAGGACUGGAGAAUGUACUUGACUAUUGAGGAGCGUCAGGCUGUGCGCUCUAAGAUUCGGGAUGCAUAUACCAGUCGCUGCUCUACUUACGAAGAUUUACUGCAAGUGGCUUGUGCCAUUGAGGAAGAGUUACUGCACAUAUCUGCACCGUCACGUCUGGACUACUUUAAGAGUGGCUUUGAGUUUGAGAACCGCGUGAAACUCAAGAAGGACCAGUUGCAGGGCCAGUUGGCGGCUUUGGACGCCAAGCGGCGGUCAUCAAGUGGUCAGCAACAACAACAGGGAAAUUCUGGCAGUGGAAGCAAAGCAGUAGGAUCGUCAAAGAAGCAGAGGAAUUAG